AUGGAAUACCUUCAGCUUGGCGACCUUUUCACGUAUCUCUAUCGGACGCCGCCAGUACCGCCACUAUCAAAGGCGGAGACGAAAGAAAUUUCGUACCAGAUUCUCGAAGGUCUAAAUAUGAUGCAUGAAAAUGGGUUUGCUCACCGAGACUUAAAACCCAAAUACUUUGGUAUAACAAAACGUAUUGAAGAAGCCUAUGGGCAAUCGACGGUAAAGGGCAGCCCGAGAUAUUUUGCCCCUGAGGUUUGGGGAUUCGUUGCUCGAGGCAGUGCGUACGCACCUGAUAUUUGGGCUCUUGGCGAGAUUGUAUUUGAGAUGCUGACGAAGAAACCUACGUUUAUGGACCUCGGACUGCUAAAAACUUACAAGACCCAGCAGCAUUUCCCAGUCACUAUGCUUACCGCUGCUGGGGUCAGUCAGACAGGCAUCGACUUUGUGCUUUCACUCAUGCACACUGAUCCUAACGAUCGACUGACUGCUGGAUCUGCUAUCUCUAACGCGUGGUUACAACCAUUGAUACCCCCCUGCUCCCCCAAAUCGACAACAGAUAUCAAUGGAGACCCACAGAUUCCCUCUUCAGUUUCAAUGUUGACUGAAGAUUAUGCUUCAUGGACUACAAACCCUUCCUCGGAAGCGCCGAAGGCUGUCGCAGACACUUUCGACCUGAACUUACCACCAGUUAAGGGAAGAUGGAGCACAGAAUUACAAGUCCUCAAGAGCCAUUCACUUGAUUUUGAGUCGUUGAAUUCUUCGCCCAACGGCCGCAUGCUGGCGUCUGGCUCCUACGAUGGAACGGUGCGACUUUGGGACCCUGCGACCGGCACGCUACACCGGACUCUCAAGCACUCACGUCCAAUUAACUCAGUAGCCUUCUCCCCCGAUGGCUGGCUACUAGCAUGUUGCUGCGAUGAUGGCACAGUGCGGCUUUGGGACCCUAUGACAGGCGCGCCUUCUCACCUGCUAGCUUGUGGCUCCGAUGAUAACACAGUGCGUCUUUAUGAUCCUGUGACGGGUGCGUUACACCAAACUCUCAAAGGCCAUUCGAAUUGUGUUAUGUCGGUGGCCUUCUCGCCCGAUGGCCGAAUGUUGGCGUCUGGCUCCGCUGAUAGCAAAGUGCGGCUCUGGGACCAUGCAACAAAAGCGCGGCUCUGGGACCGUGUGACGGGCGCGCUACACCAGACUCUCAAGGGCCAUUCAGAUGUUGAGAAGUCGGUGGCCUUCUCACCCGAUGGCCGGAUGCUGGCGUCCGGCUCCUAUGAUAGCAAAGUGUGCCUUUGGGACACGGCAACGGGCAAGCUACGCCAGACUCUCCAUACAGGUUCACCUUAUUCGGUAGCCUUCUCGCCCGACAGCCGAAUGCUGGAGUCUGGCUUCCCGAUGCUGGCGUCUGCCUCCACUGAUAACACAAUUCACUUUUGGGACACGGCGACGGGGUGGUUUAUUCGGGCUGAAUCUGGUCUCAUCAUGAGUUGUGAUUUGAGGGCUGCCAUUAAUGUCGAUGCAAAGGAGAAUAUGAGGAUCGAGAUGACAUAG